GGAAGUUCUGAUUCUGCUCUGCAGUCUUCUAUGGGGGAAAACAUGUCUACUUCUGUUCAAGUUAUGGGUUUUCUUCAAUAAAUUUUGACGAUGGAUACAAUUGUAGAGGACUAUGAGUUCCUCGACCUGUCGGAUGCGAGCGACGUGGAGCGGUCGCGCAUCAAACGCAUCCUGGUGCGGCCAGCCGCCUCCAACCGCCCCUUUCAGGUGCCUUGGGCGCCGCCCCAUGCUUCUGCACUCGACCCUCUGCCGCCCCCACCCGCCCCUGCUGCGGUUCCGCCGCCCCCCACAUAUCAUGCCGUGCAAAUGAACGGAGGCGCCACUUUAGCAGUGGAUGAGGCAGCAGCCGUGUAUCAACCGCCCCCAGCUGCCGUGUUGCCGCCCCCAGUGAGGCCUGUGGUGCAGCUCAACCCUCAGGCGGGGGUGUUUGUCAACACUCAGCCUUUCCCGCCACCGCCCCCUGCACAGUAUGCUGCCUAUCCGCAAACGCCGCCCGGUCGUCGGCCGAAGAAGGGGCGUGACAACAGCGGCGAGGGGGGCGGGGCCAGUGGAGGUGGCAUGAUGCCCCAUGUCAUCUGGAACCCGCCGCACACCCCUUUCUACCCACAGGCGCCCAUCAUUUGCGGCCCCUUUUCGCCCGCCGCCGCCUAUGUCACGUCUCCUGUCAUCGAUGAUCAGGACCUGAAAGAACAAGUGCCUUACAAUCAUCACCAUCAUAAUCCGCAUCAUCACCAUAAUCCUCAUCACUAUCAUCAGGAGCAGCAUAUCCAUCAUCAACAUCAUCACCAUCAUCAUCAUCAACCAAGACACGCCCCGAUACCAGCCCAACACAUGCCCGUUCCUGCUCCUGUCACAAUAACUGCUCCAGUUACUAUACCGGUUGCUCCCAUGAUACCUCCGCAAAUGCCGCAAAUGGCCAAGUUCACUAACGGUAAUCAGGUGGUGACCGGUGGUAAUCAGUUGGUGACCGGUAGCUAUCAGGUGGUGCCCGAUGGUAACCAGGUGGUGACCGGUGGUAAUCAGGUGGUGACCGGUGGUAAUCAGGUGGUUACUGGUGGUAAUCAGGUGGUUACUGGUGGCAAUCAGGUGGUUACCAGUGGUAAUCAGGUGGUGAAUAGCGGAGGCCAACCGAAACCAUUAUUAGUGAUCCCCAGUAACCGGAUGGUUGAGAAGAAACCGGUCGUUACUCCUGCUCCACCGUCAACUGCUGUUAAAGUCAAGAGUGUUUCCACAGUGACAGUCAAGGAUGAGAAGACAGCCGCAGUGAACAGUAUCCCAGCUGCAGCGUCGGCAAAUGUGGAACAGCCAAUCAGCGGCCGGCAGGAGACUAGGAAUGAACCAAAAUCUACCACUCAGCAAAAUAAUGUUGCUGCUUCGACUGCUACUAAACCGGUUGAGGUACCGCCAACACAGCCAGUGACUGUUCCUCCAGCAGUAACAGUUCCUUCACCUCAAGUAACUGCUCCUCCGGCAGUAACAGCUGCCCCACCUCAAGUAACAGCUCCUCCGGCAGAAACAGCUUCACCUCAAGUAACUGCUCCUACAACUCAAGUAACUGCUCCUCAACCUCAAGUAACUGCUCCUCAACCUCAAGCAACUGCUCCUCAGCCUCAAGUAACUGCUCCACAGCCUCAAGUAACUGCUCCUCCGGCAGUAACCGCUCCAGCUGCUCCCACGUUCGCAUCACUAUUCAGUAACUCUUCGUCGAGUCGAGCUCGCUACAGUGCUCCAGCCGGCUUGGCGAGUGGCGGCAAGGGGGGCGUGGCCAGUGUGAAUGCGGCCUCACCACAGCAGCAGCAGCAGCCCAAGGCGCACAGUGUGGCAACGUCGCCUCACAUGACGUCAUCGCCAGUCGUGUCACCGCUGGUCGGCGAUCCUGGACUGUUGAGGUUGGCUGAGUACCUGUCGACAUACAAGCUGAACCACCGAGCGGCGCUGCUGCGUCCGCGGGGUUUGACCAAUCGCAGCAAUUACUGCUACAUCAAUGCCACCCUGCAGGCGCUGCUCGCAUGUCCGCCCCUCUACAACCUGCUGCGACAUCUUCCGCUGCCUCCCCGCAAGUCCCAUGCCAAGUCAAAGUCCAGCACGCCCAUCAUCGAUAGCAUGGUACAGUUUGUGAGCGAAUUCGACGAGAUGACAGCCGCUCCGUCGCUGUUGAAGAGUCGCCGCGAGAAGCAGCAGGCGGCACGUGACGACAAGCAGGCGGUUGAGAGUGUGGCAGUAGACGGCGCAUUCGAGCCGACCUACAUGUAUCGCAUGAUGCACUCGGUCAUACGCAACGAGUCUGCCUUCCCGGUCGAGGGCCGACAGGAGGAUGCCGAAGAGUUCCUGUCCUGUCUGCUCAAUGGCUUGAAUGAUGAGAUGGUCGAGCUGCUGCGACUGACUGAUAACAAUUUGAGCAACGGAGAAUUGAUAGCCACAAACGGAGACAACUACCCUGACCAGGACAGUGACAGCGAAUGGAAGGAGAUAUCGAAGAAGAAGCCGACGAUCACACGUCGCACGCGGCUGGUGAGUACGCCUCUGUCACAGAUCUUCCAAGGCCAGGUGAGGUCACGGGUGGUCAGGCAGGGUGCCAGUGAGACCGACAGCAUACAGCCGUUCUUCACGCUACCCCUCGACAUUGAGAAAGCUUCAUCGGUGAAGGAGGCGCUGGAGAAUAUUCCGGCGAAAAACAUGUUGGAAGGCUUCACAUGUCCGAAGACGAAUCGCACCAUUGAGGCCUAUCAACAGCUCUACCUGGAGGAGCUGCCCCUAGUCCUGUUGCUGCAUCUCAAGUGCUUCGACUACAGACUGCAUACCUGCUCCAAAAUCAUCAAGAACGUCGAGUUUACAAUCGAAUUGAAGAUUGAUGCCAAAUUGAUGGCCGGCUCUGGGAAAAAGAAUAACAAUAACAACACAACCAAUCAUAAUAGGAGUGCUUCGAAUAGCAUCAAGGAAAGGGAAUAUAAAUUGUUUGCUGUUGUGUAUCACGACGGCAAGGAGGCGACAAAGGGCCACUAUGUGACAGACGUGUACCACGUGGGCUACGGCACGUGGCUGCGCUACGACGACGCGAAUGUGCGCCCAGUGAGUCCGGCGCAAGUGUUGGCACCACGCGCGCCUAGGGUGCCCUAUCUGCUCUACUACCGCAGGAAAGACACAAUAGCCAGUGCCACGCCACACGCUAAUCACAAGCCUCAGAAGACUGCCGCUGAGUCAUAGUAUUGUGUUCAAGGAUAUUGACAUUCUUAUAGUGAGUGAAUUGAGGAAACUGUAGAAAUAAAUCAUACUAUCCUAUACAUAGUUGAAACCAUGUACAUUUCUAGAACUUUUGUUUUUACAUAUUCCUAUAUAUUAUAUUGUUUUCGCAUUGUUUAUAUUGUACGUAUUUUGAACAAUAAUCAAGUAACGGUCAUUUUAGAAUUGUUGACAUUUUCUUGUCUCCUAGAAACUUUAUUUUUUAAUAGUGGGGACUCAGAAUGUCCUGUCAAUUUGUCAGGUAUUGUCUAGAAUUUUUCGAAUUGAUGGUGCCAGAAUAUAAUGGUUUUGAAAUGACUUGCAAUAAGGUUAUUCUAUUGACCGGGAUUUGGUAGUUUUUCAUAAUACUAAUCGAAUUGACUAAGUCAGACUAGUCAAAUAUAAAGAGAUGUACAGUAGAAGUGUGAGGAUAAUGUAAAUUAUUAUUCAAUAUUAAAGUAUUAUAGUGUAAAUAUAAAUUAUUUGUUGAAAUACUCUGUACAAAAGACAGAACCUAUAUAAACAUACUUUUAAUUUGAAUUUCUGGGUUAAUACUAGAAAAUUCCUGGGUUUACUACUACUAAUUUAUUAUUAUUCGUAAACCAUUUAAUUCGCAUUUUUAUUUAAAGAACUGUUUAAACUAUUUUGCAUAUGAAUAUUUAAUCCACAUUUUUAUUUGAAUAAACGUUUAAACAAUUUUGUAGUCAUAUGGAAACUAUUAUAAUAAAAUAGGAGUUUUUAAAUUUCAUAUUGAUCAUUAUUUUUUUGUUGGAAAUUAACAUGCCAGAGGCCUUGAAAUUAGACGUUGAAUGUAAAUUAUUUGAGUGUAGAAAAUUGUUUCAAAAAGUUUUUGUACUUAAAUCGGGAUGAACCCGGCCAAAUUGUAAAAGUUGCUGUUGAAUUUUCUCAAGAGAAAACUUGUAAAGAUUUAUCCAUGCGUAUAAUUAUUUAUUAUCAUGAUGAUUUAUUGUAAUAUAUAAUUAAUUAUUCCCACUGUUGAAUAAUUAUGUAUGAUUGAGAAAUUUGUAAAUAAAUUGGAAGAUUGAUUGUAAUCUGGAUGAUCUAAUUUGGAUAACCAUUUACAGAUAUUAGAAAACUUUAAAUGUCUAACAUUUUAUUACAUUAUCAAUUUUUAUCGAUUGUAAAGGAAAUAAAUGUUUUCAUUUUUAAAUUUCUUCUAUUUCUGUGUUUAUGCUCUACAGAAACAUUUCUAUACGGGGAGUUAAUUAAUGCUACCUAAUAAAUUUAAUUGUUGAAUGAGAAACUGAAUUGAUUCAGGAGAAAUAUAAUUUCCAAUCUUAUCAUGCGUAUCUUCAUUCAAAUUUGUUAGGUUAACUCUAUUUCAUUUAAUAUUCGACAGUGUCUAUUAGCAUAUUGCAAUCGUACAUAAAUUUGCUUGGCAUUUUUUUAAACAACCUUGUAUGAAUGUUUUGUGUUAUUAGCUUUUUUUGUUCAUUUUAUGUUGAAUUUUGUUCACUUAUCCUUGUGUUGUUGUAAGAUUGAUUGACCUUUCAUUUGUAAAUUUAUUAUAAUAUUAUCAACAUGUUUAUGGUUAAGAAAGUAUGAUUAAGAAUAAUUUGAAAUCAACAGUAAACAAAUCGCUAAAUAUAUUGAAUAAUCUAUUGUAUGCUAUCAUCAAGCUAUAUGAAAAUUGAUGUAUGAUAAAAAUGAAGUUAAUGAAACUCAAAAAUAAAGUUUCUAAUUUUAAUAAAAAAAUGAAGAAAACGAAAAUAAUUUUCUUAUCUAUGAUUUUGAUUCUAAUUUGUAUUCAUUUUAUGAUAUAAAUCCAAUUGACAUAUUCUUAUUAGUUAACUUCUGUCUGCAGAUUCAAGUGGAAUAUUACAAUAUUUCAAGCCCAAGGUCCUUGAUUUUAUUAUAAAAAGAAAAUAUUAUCCCUCUAUAACCUCUAGUAAUAAUUGCUGACAAUAAUGUGAGCAGACUGUAGUAAAAUAGUGAUAUUAUUUCUGAAAUUCUUUGUAAUUUCGAGAAAUUAUUUCUGAGUUAAUUAGUUCAGUGCAUCCAAAUCUAUAACUUUGAAAGACUAUUUGAAAACGUUACAUUAAAAACUUAGCAUUAGGCGUUUUUUUCAACGCUAAAAUUGAAUCUUGUUGAAAAGGAAUAUUUUUCUUGUUUGAGCAGAGUUGAAAUUCAUCCAUAUCUUGAGUUUUGGCAUUUAUACUCUCCAUAAAUCUGUCGAAUAAUACGGAAAAACCUGUCAUGAGAUUAUUUUAUUAUUGUAACCAAGGUUAAGUCUACUUUUUUAAGAUGGUUAAUGAUAUUAAUAUUUUUAAUAUUGUAUUUAAAUAUUGUACCUUGAAGAAUAAUAAUUUAUUGUGAAAUGAUUUCAGUCAAAAACUGUGUCCUCCACUUAAUUUAGAUACAGUAACGAUUCAAACUUCCUACAAUCUUGUUUGGUUUGAUCUCUUUUUAGAACAUUAUAUUAUAAAUACAUAUAAAUAGAAAUACAAAUCUCAGUAGAGAGAUUCGUAUUUCUAUUUAUAUUACAAGUAGCCCUAAAUAGAAAAAAGAUAUAAAUACAUAAUAAUAUGGUAUCGAAAUUAGGGAAUGGAAUAGUCAGGGCUAUAAGCCUGGUUUUCGGUUUCCAAUAAUUUUAUGAUCAAGUUGUUUUAUCAUUGAUGUUGAAUAAAAAUAAUGCAAUUAAUUAGAAGAAUACAAGCAGAGCUUAGAACUUCAUUAAGAAUCUAAAUAUGAAGCUAGACAUGUUAUUCUGUUGAAAACUGUUUGAAAUGAACAUUUUCAUCAAAAACUGACUGUUGAAAUUUUAAUACUGUCAAGAACAUGGAAAUAUUAAGUAAUUUUAUUUGAAAAAUGAUCUAAAUUUUUAGUUUCUCCGUUAGGUACUGUCCAAAAGUGUUGAGUUUUUUCAUCUAAAAUAAAAUAGAAUUUGAAAAUAUUAGUUGAAUAGUGAUGAAGUGCUCUUAGUACUAUACUCCUGCCUAAGAUGCGGAUUAUGAAAUUUGAAAAACAUUGUAAAUAUACUUUCUAGUUUGUAAAUGUUUUGAUGAAUAAUGUACAUUUUGUCUGUGAUUAUUUCUGUUCUUCUGCCUUUGUGCUGCUAGUCUCUGUUAAAACAAUAUCAUUGAUCUAACAAACAUUUUCUGUAAAUCGAUAUUAAUUUUCACAUUUUUUAGCCUGGAAAGAACUGUUUUUUACUUCUAUAGCUUCAUACUUGCCCAUCGAUUUUUUUUUAAUAGGUGUUAAUUAUUAAUCCAUAAUUAUCAAUUUGUAUGUAUAUUUCCUUACUGUUUAGUUUUCGAUUUAAGUUUGGUUGGUGAUGAAUAAAUAAAAAUGAACACAGUGUGCGUAUUAUUGAUUUUUGUGGUAGGUAAUUAAGAUUUUAAAUUGAAAAUAAAUAACUAAAUACUGUUGAAAUUAGAAAAAUACUGUUGUAUAUUAGUGUUGAAUUAUAGUUAGCACACAUUUGAAUAAUAAAUAUUAUAUUUUUCUGUCGUUCUUAAUCAAUGUAUUGUCAUCUGUAUAAAAAAAUAGUAAUUGGUUUUGAAUAACAAUUGAAUUGCUGGCUUCUCAAAUAUAUCAUCAAUUAUUAUCUUAUCAUUAGUAUUAAUGAUUGGCUACAAAUAAAUCUUAAAACAAAUUUGUCCAUUUUCAAGAGGUUAAAACUCAAUCACUUUUUUUUUGAAAUAAUUUUUCAACAGGCUGUUGGACUAUUGGAGCUGACGAUAGCUAAGACUGAAACCAGCCCUUUGAUUAUUAAUGAAAAAGCAUCUUAAGCCUCUCUGUUUUGAUUAAUUAUUGAUGAUAAUAAAAUGAAGAUAAUUUUAUA